CUCACAUGGGCACACAAAGACGGUGGCAUGAAGCUCGACACGAACGCGGACGAGUGGCUGCUCUCCGUGGCCUCGCUCCUCGCGCCCGACAGUCUCUCGGUCAACCCGAACGAGCUCGAAACGUCGCCCAAAGAGCAACGCGAAGCAGCCGCGUUGGCCGCCAAGAAGACGCUGCCAGGCGACAUCAUUGUCGUGACGACCAACGGCGUCGCGUACUCGUCUGUGCGCCACCUCUGCGACCAGCCCCACGACCACGCGCUCAUUGUGGUGAGCGAGACCGAAGCGCUGCACGUGGGCCCGCCCAAGGCCAUCUUGAUCCCGCUCGAGCGCGUGCUUUUGCCCAAGCGGCAGCCGGCCAUCUUCCGCGUGCCGUCCAUUGGCGCGUCGCCCGCGGCCCAAGCGCUCGUGGCGAAGUACGCUCGUCAGUUUGUCGGUACGCCGUACAACGUCUCGCGUGUCCUGCAGCUCAUCACAUCGCUCGCCACGCACAACGCCGUCAAAAUGAUGCCCUUUCAGAAGCUACCGACACCGCACGAGGCGUGGAUCUGCACGGAUGCAAUUCUCGCCCUCCUCGCCGCCGUGUCGCCAACGUUUCAGGACCAGCUCAAGAAGGCAGCGCCACGCCUAGAGUUUGCCAAGCUCGGGAGCGCGACGCUCAACGAUAUUUUGUCGCUCAAGCACCUCGGGAUCACCGAGCGCGUGUAUCUUCCGCCGACCACGUUCACCGUGCAGCCGUCGUCGCAAAUGGACGUUCAAGCGCUCGUCCACGCAGCGUACACGCAAUGGCAAGAGCUGCCCGAUUUGGACACGCUCCAAAUGUAUAUGGACGCCGGCAUUGCGUACCUGGCGCACCGGCUGGCGCGGCAAAAGCCCCGGGACUUUGAGCGCCAACUGCGGUCGCUCGGGUACAUUCUCGUGCUGCUCGCGCUCCUGAAAGGCCAUUCGUUUUUCCUACUGCUGAUGCGCCGCUACCUCCAAGCCAUGCUACUCAAGCACGUUGCGGGCCACGUCUUGCGCGCCAAACUCUAAGAUCUCAGAUCUCAGAUCGUCGGAUUGAAAUAUUGAAACUAUCGAAGGAUCGAUCUUUCAAAAGUUAAACUUGAAGGUCGCGUCCGCACUACUACUGCCUUCCGACAGCGGCUUCUUCUUGAC